AUUGGAAAGGAGCAGUGACGAUCUGGGACUUGCUCUGCCUGUGCCACCUCUGGUGCUACGACAGUUGCCAUCGAGUGAUAAAAGUCCACCUGACAUUACAUGGCUAUCCCCCAGUAUAACCACCCCUCCUGCACAAGCCCAAGGCAACAAUCCAUUCUGUGAACUCCAAAAUCGAAUGGACAUUAGUCGAAGCCUCCCGAGCUCUUUAAGAACUUCCAACCUGGACUCAAGACAAUGUGCGACGAGCAAUACUGCACAUCCAGAGCGCUGCGUGGAGGGUGCUGUGCGCCUACCGAAGAAACGCUUUCGUCAAGACCUUUCAGCUCAGUCAUUGCCACCUACAAGUCCGACUGGGCUGUCACAACCUGUACCCCAGUUUAACAACAGGUUCAGCCCACACUUAGGCCAUAGCCCUGUUAACUUGUCUUACCAAGAUAACUAUUUCUUGCAAGAGUUCGACUCUGGCUAUGUAGAGAACAAUGUCAGCCAGAUUCCAUUUCGUGAUUCUCAAGUCUCUCUUCACUGUCGUCAGAACGGUUCCCACCAAAGUCCAUCACCAAUUUCUGACACAAAUAAAACAGGUUUUGAACGGUCUAUCUACACACUGCUUGUGGACCUGAAAAUGUCUGUGAAGUGCUUGGGGAGAAAAAUCGAAGAGAUGAGCAAUGCGAUGUCACAAGAGAAAGCGUUUUUGGCUGUUGAACUGCCACGUUUUUCUCUAGGAUCUGACGACGAACUUAAAGAUUUCAGCACUAAACUGUCUGACACAAACAUAAAGGGGAGGCUGGUUGCUAUGAUAUCACGCUUGGGGGGCAACAGUCUCCAGGAGAGUGUGAGGAUUACCAUGAAUCGACUCAUCCGCAAUUCCGUCGCGCUGCAGUAUAGCCUGAAAGGAGCGCACUCCAAGAAAGAUUUUUCAUCCCUUGCUCUCUGCUCAUCCGUUGUUGAAGUAUUGUUGGCAAGGUACAAGGACGUUACCGAACACGAAGUGUGCUACAGAAUUGGCAGAUACCUUGCGGGUGCUGGUGACAGAGAGGGUGGCAGAGAAGCCCGCCGACACCAAAUGCUUCGUUAAAUCAGUGGUGGCAUUGCCUGGCUCCUCCUGUGUUGCUUACAGCAUGUGGCAAGUGAAGGACAAACAUGACGACAGGCCAGAAAUAUUGUUAGGGUCAUAGUUUUGCCCUGUGUUCAUACGUUCAGCUUUUUUUCACAAGAAUGUGGAUGCUUUCAUUACAUGUGCCAGAUAAUGUUACUAAUGGCAAAUCAGCCUUUAAG